AUGCGUUCUUCUGCAGUUGCGCUUGCAUUUGCUGGUGCUGUCGCCGCCCACGUAACAGGCGCUGAGCACAGCGACCAUAUCAAGUUUUGCGGUCUUUGCACUCGUUUCCAAUUCGUCUUCCUCCGACUCCAGUCAAGCGUCAGCAUUCCCCCGCGAGAGCAUUGGCCCCGCUCCCCCUCGGAGGCUCCGGUUCCCCUGCGUGCUACCCCUACCCCGGGAACAAAGUCUCCCAUCAAUGGCGCCCCCGACUUGCCAGCUGCCACAAUCAACUUGGCUAACUACCCCACAUUCAUGUCAGCCCCUGAUGUCAACUCGCCAGAGGUCAAACAAUGGGUCGCCGAAGUCGCUGCUUCGGGUGUGCAAAUCCCCAAUAUUCCGAGGAACGUUGCUGCCCCUGCCGGCUCCGGUCAAUCUCUCUGCCAAAUAAACCCCGAAGCUGCUCUCAAGGCGAAUGCCCAGGGUAACUGCUGGUGGUCUUGCGGCAGCUGCACCCGCGACACUGAUAUUGACACAUGCCCUGACAAGAUGACUUGGGGUCUUACCUUUGAUGACGGCCCAUCCCCAUAUACCCCCAAGGUUCUCAACUAUCUCGAAGAAAAAAAGAUUGCGGCUACUUUCUACGUCAUUGGCUCUAAUGUCAUUGACAAGCCUGCCAUCCUCCAGGCGACAUAUCUCGCCGGUCACGAAAUCGCCCUCCACACCUGGUCUCACCGCGCUCUUACCACUCUUACCAACGAGGAAAUCAUUGCCGAGCUUGGGUGGAACAAGAAGGCGAUCAAGGAUGUCAUUGGUGUAACUCCCAAGGGCAUGCGUCCUCCUUAUGGUGACAUCGACGACCGUGUCCGCGCCAUCUGUAAGGCCAUGAACCUCACUCCUGUCAUGUGGACCACCGAGGGCGAGCUCCAGUAUGACUCCAACGACUGGCGUGUCAACGAUGGUAGCCAGACUGGCCCUCAACUUUUGGCAACCUUCAACUCGCUCCUCGAUCGCGCUAGCCAGCUCAACACUGGUUUUGUCAGCUUGCAGCACGAUUUCCAUAACCCUCCGUUUGCGCUCCAAUCUGUUAACGAGUGCCACAAGAAGCCUCUCUCCGAGGCGUACAUUGAGACUUCGACCGGUAGCACCACCCCAUCGGGCGGCAACUCGACUUCCACCAGCACUGGAGCAGCUUCCACACCGGCACUUCGCGAGGCGCCAACAAUACCGGCGCUUCGACCAACACCAGCGGAGCUCUCCCACGAAACAUGGUCAGCUUUGUCGGUGCCGGUGUGA